UCUUGUAAAAAUCUUUAGGAGUCCAAGCAGAUAUUUCUACCCUCCAAAUUUCUCUCCUUCCACCAAAAUCCGGCAGAAACCCAAACCCCAUUCCUGCAAAAAUCUACAACAAAAAGCCAUGGCCUUAUCCAUUUCUUCAACAACUCAACUGUCAAUCCCUAAAACCCCAUUUAAUCGACACCCUAAAACCCUCCCACUUUCUCUCUCCUCAAUCUGCAUUUCCAACCUUAAACCCUUUUCAUCAAAACCCCUUAAAUUAGCGCAACUCAUUGUUUGUGCUGCUGCAAAGCAGCAAAGUGGGUCAUCAGUUAAAUCCAAUAAGAAGAGAAAAAAGAAGGCCCCACCUGUUUCUAAAGAUUUGAGCUUUGAGGAAUUGGAGGUUUUGGAGGAGGUUGAAGACGGGUUUGAAUUGGAGAGAGAAAAUGAAAAUAGUGUUGGCGGGAAGUCAAGGCGUUCAGAUGUAUAUAUUCCGUUGCCUUUGCCAAAACCACCAGCUGGGUUUGUGAUUGAUGAUCAAGGCCGUGUUCUUAUGGUUGCGCCGAGACGAAUUGCCAUUAUUGUCGAUCCAACAAAUAACCUUCCAUUGGAGUGUAUGAUACGGAGAGUAUUUACAAAUUCUAAAGGGGAUGACUGUCUACUGCUCUGCCCAGUUGAUACGCCUGUUCAGAUUUUGAAGAGCACAAAUAUUGACGGAUGGUCAGCUGUUAGUGACGAGGAAGUUGAAGCUAUCCUUCCAACUGCAGCUUAUGCACUUGCGAAAAUACAUAUGCAUUUGGUACAUAGUGGGUUCUGUUAUACAGCUCGUGGAGGAUUUUGUUACUCAGAAGAAAGCAUAUUUGACUUCCGUUCAGAUGACGGACAAGAUGUAGAAGGUGUGCCAACCGAAGGUGUUGAGAUUACUUGCUUCCAUUUGGAUGGGAUCCAUUAUAUGGUUUACACCCCUUCAGAACCACUCCUUUUCGUCGCUGUUAAGGAUGAUAAUGGCCAGUUGAGAAUUGCCGAUGAUGAUAUUUUGGAUGACCCUGCUGUUGUAGGCACCAUAGACGAAGAGACUGAAUUUAACGCAUUAGUGGAAGAGGAAGCUGCUCUUUUGGAGUCUAUGUUUGGCGAAAGAUGACUGAUAUAGUGAUAUGUGAAUGAAGAAGAAUGUAGUGUUUUUUCUGUAGGAAUAGCUUCUUGUUGUCUUUGUACAGGAAUUUUGUUUGUAUAUUUUGCAUCCUGAUUACAGAGGAAGAAAUGGCUCGGAUAAAUUUAUGGACAUUAGUGUAAGAUUGUAGGCAAUCUGGUAAUGGUAACAAGUUUUAAGUCGUUCUAUUUUUGCUUACAUACAAAUGUAUUAUCCUUGUGGCUCAUGUGCGUAAAAAAGAAAAAUUGUAAUGAUCUUGAAGCCUAUUUACAAGAAUUAUUUAUCAUUUA